AAGAACACCACGACUUACGCGUGCCUCAGCACCAACAGUGUUUGCUCCAACACCAAAACGAAGGGUCUUGGAUACUACUGUGAGUGCUCCUCCGGUUUCGAGGGCAAUCCUUACAUCUCUGGCGGCUGCCUAGAUAUUGAUGAGUGCGCAUACCCAGAGAAGUACUCCUGCACUGGGAUUUGCGUCAACUACGUUGGUGGCUACACUUGCUGUCCACCAGGAUCACAUGUCGAUUCCAGACUCAGCUGCGUUCCCCCAAAAAGCCAAACGAUUAUAAUGGGUGUCGUCAUUGGCGUUAGCAUUGGCUUCGGCCUCCUGCUGAUGCUCCUAUGUGCAGUCAUCCUCAACCGGAGGCUGAAGGAAAUGAAACUGAAGAAGUUGAAGGAGCGAUACUUCCAUCAAAACCAUGGCUUGCUAUUGCGGAGACUGAUCGCGACCGACGAUGUUAAUGCCGAGAGGACCAAGAUUUUUCCCCUGGAAGAACUAGAGAAAGCCACCAACAGCUUCGACCCCGCACGAAUCCUGGGGCAUGGAGGCCACGGCACGGUUUACAAAGGAAUUCUGUCGGAUCAGCGCGUGGUUGCCAUUAAGAAGUCCAAGAUCGUGAUUCAGAGAGAGAUCGACCAGUUCAUAAAUGAGGUCGCGAUUCUUUCUCAGAUCAACCACAGGAACAUCGUAAAGCUCUACGGAUGCUGUUUAGAGACGGAAGUGCCGCUAUUGGUGUACGAGUUCAUCACGAAUGGAACUCUCGCUGAUCAUAUCCACGUCGAAGAUCGUUCCUCCUCUCUGUCAUGGAAAGACCGCCUAAGGAUCGCCGUGGAGACCGUAGGAGCGCUUGCUUAUUUGCACUCUGCUGCUUCCAUUUCCGUAUUCCAUAGAGAUGUUAAGUCAUCCAAUGUGCUCUUGGAUGACACUUAUACCGCAAAGGUAUCGGACUUUGGAGCUUCAAGGACUGUUCCAGUGGAUCAAACGCACGUCGUCACAGGGAUACAGGGCACCCAUGGCUACUUGGACCCCGAGUACUACCACACAGGCCAGCUAACAGAGAAGAGUGAUGUGUACAGUCUCGGAGUCAUUCUUGUGGAGCUCUUAACAGGUUUCAUGCCGGUCUCCCUCACUAGAUUCGGGGACAGGAAUUUGGCCAUGUACUUCAUCUGGGCACUGAAAUCAAAUCGUGUGUCGGAUGUAUUGGAGGCUCGGAUCAAGGAGGAGGCGAUGGAGGAAGAGCUCGAGGAAAUGGUGGGGCUUGCAGAGGAGUGCCUAAGGUUGAAAGGAGCAGAGAGGCCUACCAUGAAAGAAGUAGAGAUCAGGCUGCAAGGCUUGAGAAGGCGCAAGAAGAAGGAACAAGUACAGUUGACUCAUCAUCAGAGUGAAGAAGCUGAGCCUCAACUCUGCGAUCCGUAUGGUGCUUGUCGUCACCAACGAUCUCUUGAUGGCAAUUUAGCUGACACAGCAAUCCAGGAUACAUCUAGGCGACACAGUUUGGAGGAGGAAUUCAUGUUGUCACUGAACUAUCCGCGUUAGAAUUCUCUACCUGAAUCCAUGCUAUUCUCCAGGAAUUACAUCACGGUAAGGUAGAACAGAGAUAGAUUCGCACAAUACCUUAAUCCAUGCUAUUCUAUCACUUCUUUAGCCUAAAGAAAUCUGUACGUAUUUCGACAAAAUUUUCGCAAACAAGGAUGAUUCAUUCUGUAACAAUCCUGUCGGACUAUCAUGUUCCACAAUGAUGCCUGCUCAAGAACAAGCUCAAAUCAGAUACUGUCAUUGAUGCGGAAGCAAAACAAGAGAGAAAAAGACUAAUCAAUUUCAUCACACCAACCAUUAUCAAGCAACAAGGUUACAUUGAUGUCGAUCACAGAAGUGUAAUCCGAUGAGCUACUGUUAUGACGGUUGAUCCCACGAACUGCUGCCGCAGAGUCCUCUGGAUUAUGCUGUCGGUAGCAGUAUCCACUGAGGCAGUUGCUUCAUCAAAAACCAGUAUCUUGGUCUUUCUCAAGACCACCCUACCUAAACAGACAAGCUGGCGUUGACCAACACUCCAGUUCUCUCCAUUCUCAGUCACUGCAAGUCAAGCUGGUCAUCAAACACAACUGAUGAUUCAAACGUACGGACAGAUCCAUGCUAUAUCUAUUACCUUCAGAGUCAAGCUUCAAUUGCUUCCUCCUAAUCUCUUCUCCAAGUCGACAGCAAUCCAAUCCCAAAACAGCAAAAGAGAAGACGAAUAAUUUAGGAAUGAGAACCAAAACGAAAUUGUUCUAUUGACGCACCUUCCAUAUCUGUUAAUUUGUGUACUCUUCGAGUGGAUCUACAUUCUUGCGCAGGGUUCCCUUUGAACAUUAUUGGAUCCUGUGGGAUGAUGCUCAAUCUGGAUCUCAGG